AUGGAUCCCGGUGUAUGGAUUGUUAUUGGUCCAAUAUCAGUUUUUCUCAGUCUUUUGUUUCGAGUGUUGGCUCGAGCAGUUACACCACAACACAGUCUAACGAUUGAGGAGUCUAACAACCAAGCAUCGCCUUGUCCACCUCAAGAGCUAGCGAUCCCACCUGAGCCGGUCGAGUUACCCGACCCAUCACCCGGGUACACAAUAGAAGGAGAUCAGCCACCACCAUACAAUCUAGAUUCACCACCACAAUAUGAAACGUUAUUUAUCGUU